CGGCGCUCCCCACAUCCCCCCCGCGCCGCCGGCCGCCGCCUAUGCCCUUCCGCCCCACGCUCCCCCGCCGGUGCUCCCACGACCCCAAGCUCUCUUCCUUCCUCUCCGCCCUCGCCUCCCUCACCGCCUCCCCCUCCUCGGCCUCCCACUGUUCGCCGCCGCCCGCUGGCUCGGUGCCCGCCUCGCCGACCCCCGCCGCCUACAACGCCCUCAUGUCCGCCUACUCGCGCGCCGGCCACCACGGCGAGGUCCUCCGCCUGUUCCGCUCCCUGCCCUUCGCCCCCACCUCGUCGCUCUUCACCACGCUCAUCUCCUCCCUCUCCGCCUCUGGCCGCCCACUCGCCGCGCGCGCCGCCUUCGCCUCGCUCCUCAAGUCCGGAGCCCCGCCCACCGCCUCCGCCUUCACCGCACUGCUCAAGUCGUCGCACGACGCGCUUGACUUCGUGGACAGCGUGUUCCGCGCCAUGGACGCCGCGGGCUGCUCCCCCGAUGCCCCCGUCUACAACUGGAUCAUUUCGAUGCUCUGCGACUUCCGGCUGCUGCAGGAGGCGUUGGGUUUCCUCGAUCACAUGCUCGAGAACGGACCGCGACCCACCGCCCGCUCCUUCACCGCGGUUCUACGUGUUUACUGUGAGCAGGAAAGGUUUCACGAGGCAGAGAGAUUAGUUGAUACAAUGAUCCAGAACGGAUGCCCGCCGGAUGUAGUAUCAUACAGCGUGCUUAUUGAGGGGCUCUGCCGUGUUGGGGAAUUCAGCAAGGUGGAAAUGAUCUUAGGGGAAAGUGAGUUAAACGGGUGGAAGCCAACUGCGGUUACGUAUAACAUUUACAUGUCUGGCCUGUGCAGGAUGGGGUUCUUGGACGAGGCAUUUCAGCAAGUAGAUGUUAUGCGCAGCAGAGGGCUGUCUGUGACGACUGAGACAGUGCAUAUUCUCUUUGAUUGCUUGUGCCGAAAUGCAAUGUUUUCAGAAGCAGUGUGCUUGCUGGAACAUAGCAAAGAAUUGGGCUGGAAUGUUGAUGCAUUCUGCUAUAACACUCUGAUGAGUAGGCUCUGUGACAUUGAUGAUUUUGCCAGGGUCUUGAAGCUGCUGGUUGAUCUGUUGAAGAAGGGCAUUGGACCAGAUAAGUUUAGUUUUACCAUUGCAAUUCGGAGCCUCUGCCGAGCUGGGAAACUUUGGCUGGCAAAGUGCAUGAUAGAUAAUAAGGGGAUUAAGUAUGAUGUUGUGGCUUUCAAUACUUUGAUUCAUGGGUUCUGCAUGGCUGGGGAUUUAGACAGGGUCCAGCAAACUCGUACAGAUAUGAUCAAUAGGGAUAUUAUUCCAAAUAAUUUUACCAAUGCUAUGCUGAUUGAUAGUUUAUGUAAAGACCUAAAGUUUGUCGAGGCAAAAAGAUUUGUUCUUGAUUCUUUGGUAAAUGGUUUGGUGCCUGAUCAUAUUAUUCGUUUGAAUAAUUGGUUAGUAAAAGCAAACAAAAUCACAUUGGUACUGAAAUUACUCUAUGAAAUACGCUGUAAAGGAUUUGUGCUAGAUACUUGCAUCAUCAACCCAUUGGUUAGGGUAUUUUGUUGGGAGGGGUAUUGUCGGCAUGAUAAAUUCUAUCAAAUUUCUCCUAUACUUGACAUUAUAACGACUUAUGUCAAGCGGUGAUGGAGCACAAAGCAGUGUGAUCACGUGAAACUCGUGUUGGUUUCCAUUCUCUGCUAUGCAAUGAAUGGACUGGCUAUUGCUACAUCAAAGAUACUCAUCUUUCAUCAGGGGAGAGUAGCUGAGUUUGGAUUUCGGACCAAUACCACACAGGCACACAGAUUUGUAGAGUUCAUUCAAAGCUAUCAUGCUUAAAUGUGCUUUUAGAGAAAUGAUGGACAGAGAGGUGCUAAUGGUGAUGAGACACCGGGAUGGAUAUUAUGCUGAAAUGAUGCACUUGGUGGUAUCUCAACCAAGGUAUUUUUUUUCUCUCCCAAUAGUCAGACACAUGUCACACAUCUAAUGUAAAUUCUUCUGCAACAUUAUCAUCAGUUUAGGUAAGAAAAUCUAAACUUAUGUGAUAUCAGAGGCAGCUAACGGAAAUUAUUGAAAAGGUUUUAGAAAACCAUUCUAUAAAAUAAAAUCUCCAAACGAACAGGAAAUCCUGUACCUUCUGGAAUUAUGUCCUGCUGAUGUUGUACCUGAUGAAUGCUAUAUGCCCAGCCCAAGGUUGACAACCAAAAUGCAAACCGUUAAGUAUACUAUGGAAAUACUGGAGCAAUUUUAACAUUUCAUGUUUUGCUUCAAUCAGGAAUCAAAAGCAGAAAGUUGGCGUGUCAUUUCACGCACCACCUUAUCAAGUACUUGAUAAAUUAAUAUGUGUUCCUGGAGGAAUCUCAAUAUCACUUAUCCAGAGAAAAACACAUUUCACAUUGGAGUAAUGUUGUGUCUCUUCCGCAUAGACAUGAUGGUUAUAUGCAACCCUGAAAAGGAAGGGAUAGUCAAGCAUUUGUCAAGUGUAUCCAUCUCAUAAAAUAUACUCUCUAGAGCAUUUGCAGCAUCGUUCAACUUUGGAUCAUCUUACCCAAUAACUUGAUCAUCUUCAUUUUCAUUUGGUGCGUGGAGGCUGCUAGGUUCACAUCAACCUAGUUAAGAUUCGCCUGCCCAUUUGGUUGAUGAUAAACCACAAGGUAUGAGUUAUACAUACGAUGUUCCGCACUUGUGGAACUGAUGUGUUUUAACGAAGAAUGGCGUGCUGUAACUAGCAUCAGAUUUCAUAGUUGGAUGGACCGCUGUAACUGUUAUUCAUGAGACGGCACCCCAACUAGCAUUUCUGAAUCAUGUAUUGUGCUCACAGGCCUAACUUGUUUGUCACACGAAUAGUCACUGAAGCAACUAGUUGAUCCUACCUCUGUUUUAGGUUAUAAGAAAAUGCUAUUGUUUUCUUUAGAUUCAU